CAGCAGUAUCAGCUGACAGUGUCAACAAUGACAUUAGCGAGUGUAUACUGAAAUCACAAUUUUGUUUUAAAUUAUUUUCAAUUAAAUUUUAAGCUGUUUAGACUAUCCAACUACAACCAAAUGUAGAAUACAAUAAGUGAUGUUAUUCUCACCCUUCAUAAUAUAGUGUUAAGAGCUUAUUCAGUCAUCAUUUAAGAUAAGUAAAUUCGCUCACUGCACGUGUUGUGUUUGCUUGCGUUAAUUUUAUAUAAAAAUGGAAGCUAAUGUGUUAAAACACUUUACUGUUAAUUACAAACAAGUUAUUAUAGAUGAGCUAGCAUUAGAAGGGCUAGAAGGUGCAGGACUCGAUCUAUUAUGGCGACGUGUUGGCUAUCGGUUAGCCACAGAAGUCACUGAGAAAAUGCAAGUUCGAUUUUGGGAUUAUGUUGUUAAUAAUAGCAAUAUAAAGUUUUAUAAAAUACCUCAACCUCUGCCGUACGUGGAGAUUAUCGAUAGAUUUGAGUUGGUUGACGAUGUUACAGGCCAUUUGAAGGAGCCAGAAGAUUAUUUAGAUGGUCCCUAUGAAUAUAACAGCAUUGAGGGUGAACAUGGAUCAUCUACAUAUUACAAUGUAAGGACCCUAAUACCUAGACAAGAACUACAAAGUAAAUCUUAUGAAGAUAUUGUGACUGAGUAUGGUGAUAAAAUGGUGAUGGUUGCAAGUAUAGAAGAGAGGUGGUGUGCACUAGCCGGGCAUAAACCCAUGACAUAUUUAGCGCAGAUGACGCAUGUUCACUAUUGUCUGCUGGAACUUAUUGGCAAGGCCAGGGGUAAUGGACAAAUGACAAUAGGAAAGACAAAUCUUAACAAGAUAAUCAAGGAUCCAAAGACACUGUUCUACAAUAGAAAGUAUUUAAGAGAAAUAGACCUGAUUAGGACCGAUAACAUUUCACAAGUGGUUGCCGGCAAAGCUUUAAAGGCUUUGCUAGUUAGACUAAAGAGGUUCCACCAGCCAAGUGUCCUGACAAUGCCUAAAAAAGGUGCAUUACACAAUGUUGUGACCUAUUUGUUGCAACAACCUGACCACAGUGAGAAAACUGAGGUGAUUGUGAAGAAGGGACUCAUCACACAGAAACAGAAUCGGAGAUUACAGAAAACUGUUAAUAUAUUUAAUUUCGAAGAAAGAAUGGUAGCAGCCGACGACAAAGCUAAGAAAACGACAGUCAAUCUAAAAAGGAAAUUCAUAUACCUUUCAUCAAAAAGCGAUGAGUCUUCGGGGUCCGAUGAGGAAACCCAGGAACCGCCUUUGAAGUCCCAGUACAAAGUCGGCGUCAGUCUAUUGAGGCAAGCCUACGAGAGGUUCCUGGAUGCAGGUCUUGAAGGGCUCACACAAGUGCAGUUGGCACAACUACUGGGCAUCGAGUUUUAUAUCAGUCGAGGUAUUUGUAGAAUAUUCCGCCUGAGGAAUAUUGUAAGGGAGUAUCUUGAGGAUAAAGGGAAGCAGAGGACUGCCAGAUUUAUAGCAAUAGCAGCCACAGGAGAGAUGGACGUUAGAUACGCAGAAGAAAAGAAGAAAUUCUAUGAAUACCUAAAAAGAAAUUCUAGUGAAUCAACUUCAAAGGAAGCUGAUAAUGCUCAAGAGUCGUCGACUACGGAUGAUAUUAUUCCACUUAAGAAGAUGAAACUUGAAUCUGACAACCCAGACGUAGAAAUGACGCCGGAAACUGCGAUUACAGAGAUCAAAGUUCUAGAUGGUUUCGAGAGUGUUAAGUCACUUGGGACUUUCAAGAAGAACCCCACUUUGAGACAAUUAACGUUCGCUAAUGGAGUCCUCAAAGUCCUUCAAGAUAAACAGUGUGUAUGUGGGUACCAUACGCUCAGUAAUCUGGCUUCUAAAGAAAUAAACGAACCGCCCAUGGACACAAAAGCUUUAAAAUCUUUCAUACAAAAGUUGGUCACAGAUGGUCACAUCAAAAUGUAUAAGUUAAAAUGGCCAGCUAUCCAAAAAUAUUCAGUGUUAAUUUGUGCUCCACACAUAAAAAUCACACAUCCGUUAUUAAAGGCUAAGUAUAAAGAGAUUUGUAUGAGGGCUAUCACAAAUAAGAAGACUUCUAUUAAGAAGGAACCAGUUGAAGUCCUUAACCCUCCUCUAUCACAGUCUUCUUAUCCUCGAUACAUGAAAAUUCAGAAACUUCACGAGGCCAUCAUCCGUUUUGCCUAUUUCGACGAUGUACCGCCUGAAACACAUGUAAUGCCUCCCGGUUUCGUUAGUAUAGUCGAUUUCAUCCAGGAAGUUACAAUAGAAUUUGUUAUUAACAACACGGGCAGCAUGGGUAUGACUGAAAUUAACCAGUUAAUUAAUAAAAGUCAACUGCAGUUAAAACUUAGAGAAGCUCCCCCACAUAUAUACAAGGUUCUAAUGCGAUCUAAUACUUUGCAAAACGCAAUAAGACUAAAUCUCAAAGUGUUAGCAAUGCUAGGUCUGAUACAGCUAAUAAACCAGACACAGACCAGCUACACUUCAGGCGCCAUCAACUAUACGAGCUUUUUGUUCUUUGUAAAUAGACACGCUAAAAUAUUGGAUACGUCAGGCAUAUGGCCGCGAAAAAAUGAGGAAGUUACAACAGAAAAGAGUUAUGAGUUCAAGACAUUUGAAGAUGUUACUGAAUAUUGGAAUGAUGUUUAUCAAAUCAGUACAAAUACUGUAAUCGAAUUGGCUAAUCGAGGUAGGAAGCAGCUAAAUCCACCAAUGCGAAGGGAAGAUGAAGUUGCACGAUAUGACAAUGGAGCUCGAUACGGUGAUGGUAACGGGCCAUGCGGUUUCGACUCAUGCUUCUAUAUGGAAAUACCACGACUCUGGCGUACCUACUACAUGAGGCCUCUUAGAUCUCACGCAUCAUCAAAGAAGAAAGUCAAUAUCAAACUACCCAAAAUAAAACUAAGUAAGAAAAAGGGUGAAGCUAAAUCAAAACCAACUGCUAAACCAGUCCCAGAAAAAGUUACUAUUGCUAAUACUGCUAGUGUCAGCAAUGACAAACGGAAGAGAAACGAAUCUGUGAUAAAGUGGUCGAAAGAGGAAGAUAUAAUAUUAACCAUGUGCAAGGCUGCAAUCACCAUCUUGAGUCCUGCCUCUCAACCAGGCAGUCUUAUCGUGAGGAACCUCGUUGCCAAAGAUUUACUCACCCUCAGAGACCCUAAAAAGACCAAGGGUACAUGCCAUCGCAGAUCAAAAACUCUUGAAUCAAAUUUAACUUUGGUUCACGAAAAACAAUGCAUUAUAAAUGAACUGCGGCGAAGAAGGAACCUCAUUCAAAAGUACGAAGGUCUAUUAAAGAAGAUUAGACUUUUAUAUUCAACUAAUAUGACGAAGUUCAUCAACAAGGCUAGAAUACCGAUGUUGGAAUUGGUGUGGAUCAUAACACAGGUUAUGCGAAGCAAAAGUUAUACGCAAAGGGUGCCGUGCGUUGCAAUCGACCUCGAUGAUUUUCAUCAACACUUCACAAUACUGCCUUCUACGGCAAACAAAAUAUGCAACAUGUAUAAGGUGCCUGACCACGCUUGUUUGAAGGAAGCCAUAGUGCUCACGAUCAUGCAAACCUUGAAUGGCGAUGCGAACUCUGAAAUAGGAAAAAAAAUAUACCAAACUUUUAAGGAGUACCCAGAAAGCUCUCUACGAACCGCCGUGGAACAACUACGAAAAUGUGGUGCUAUUUCAGCUAAGGAGAAAAUAUUCAACAAUCAAAUGCGCAUAAUUGAUUUGGAGGAUAUAGUUCAGUCGUCAUACAAAAUCUCUGCAUUUUACCAGCGCAAGUGGCAGAACCGUUUUAACUCUGAAUUUGCUGAUAAAUUGGCUAUUCUGAUGAGUAAGGAACAUGGUGAGAAUGAAAUAAAGGGGUCAGCAGAUUUCAACUGCAUGUAUUGUGAGAUGCAUGCGAGUGGGAUCGUAGACAUGAAGCCGACUACUAUGCCGGUAAUAACGGACCCGUCAGGUGCACCCAUCAUGCCAGAGGAAAUUAAUGUACUCACUAUCGACACGAAAUAUAAAUUGAAACCAGGGAUAUUGAGCUGGAGAAACAAGCCCAACAACGUCAAAAUAUCCGAAGUUUAUAAUGAUUUGAACUUAGAUGACAGUUUGAAGUACCUUAGCAGUUACACUACAGUGGAUGCUAAAGAAUUAAAAAAUCUACACUUAGAUAUAAAAGACCAAAUCAUAUCGCACUUGUUCAAAAAAGGUGAAACAGGAGCGACUUUUGCUGAAUUAAAGGACCUUCUUCAAAUCGAAGACAAAGUCUUAAUGAAAAAACUGCAGCAUCUAGAAUUAAAAAAAAUAGCCAAACGAGUAGGCUUUUACGAAAACGUCAUCAUCCUUGUAAAGUUCAUAAGCCCAUGGACUGCUAAAAUAGGGGACAAAUACCUGUUGCCAACCCCAUGGCAAACAUUACAGGGAAAGGCUAGACUAGACGUAUUCUUCAAAUGGUCAAGCGUCAUCAUGAAUGUCAUCUUCGAAAGACCAGGCUGUUCGGUAGUAUACAUUGCUGACAAAUGCGAAUACAUAACGUAUCGAGCAGUACAAGAUAUUUGCAUGUUUCUAGAAAAAUAUGGAUGUAUAAAACUCAAUGUCGUGAAGAAUCAACAGCUUGAUAUAUUUUCUGAUGAAAACACGGAACCCGAAUUCAUGGAAUUCAACCCCUAUGAGGACCCUGAUCACAUCUUAGCAUUCACUGUUAAGAAUUCUAUUACGAAGUACUGUUAUGUUAGAAAAGUCAUGAUGGAUAAGGUUAAAUAAAAUAAGCUUAGGUAACUUGGACUAUUCAAUAUUAUACCUUCUCUGGCAACUGCUUCAUGAAGAGUUAAAAAAAAUAUCAGUAGGUACUAUAUAAUAUGAAUGAUGUAACUUAGUACGUCUGGAAAGGGGUAAAAUAUAGCACUUUCUCACCUAUAGUUUGUGGGUGUAAGCAUCUUAUCCUAUUUUGCAGUUCUUUUCGAUGCUCCUAGUUUUGGCUAUUUGUGCUCCAUUGUUUUGAGAAUUGUGGCUAAAGCUAAAGAGGUUUAAGCUUUAGCCACAGUUCUUAUAAAAUAAUACGUGAAAUGUUCCGAAAUAGGUAUUUAGUAUAUCUUGUGUUAUUAAAUACGAGUUAAGGCCAA